AUGCGUGCCAGCUCGUCACGCACCGCAGCCGCCACCCCGGCGACCAAGCCCUACGACCGCCCGGCCAAGGCCUCGUCGUCGGCCAAGAGCAAGGGCAAGGGCAAGGCCACUGCCACUGCCCCCGUCGUCGACGGCGCCGCCAACAUUGGUGCUCCGGCUCAGCACUCGCAGCCCUCGCGCAAGGGCAAGAAGGCAUGGCGCAAGAACGUCAACGUGACCGAGGUCGAGGAUGCCCUGGAGAGGAGCCGCGCCGAGGAGCGUGUGACAGGUGGCAAGAUUGCGGACAAGAAGGACGGUGACCUGUUCACGGUGGAUACGACCGGUGAUGUUGAGGUGGCCAAGAAGGUCCGCACCAAGAAGCCCCUGCGCUCGCUCGCCAUCCUUGCCGAGCGCUCCGCCGUUCCCUCGCUUGCGUCGCGCGUCGCCGCCCCCAAGCCCCCCAAGGUGUCUGUGACCGCUGCCGAGAAGGCCCGUAUGCGCCGUGUCGCCCGCAGGACGGUCGACGACAGCACUUCUGCCGACGUCAAGGCCGUUGGCACUGCCACUACGGAUGCAUGGGCUCGUGCCGCUCCUCAAAAGGGCCUUGCUGGUGGCUUUGGCGACGAGGGUGUCAUUGUCCACAAGGUCAAGGCGCCGAUCACCCUUGCCAAGCAGCGUGCUAUGCGUUUCGCCAACGUCCGCGCCCAGGACGCCGACGAGCUCCCCACUGCUGGUGUUUCGUACAACCCCGCGGCCGCGGCGCACGCCGCGCUUAUCGCCACUGCGCUCCAGGAGGAGCAGGAGCGUCUGGCCAAGGAGGACAAGGAGGCCCAGGAGAUUGAGACGCUCGGCCAGGUCGUCGAGGGCCGUCGCGCCAACGCCGACACCGAAGACAUGGUCAACGGCAUGCGUAUUGGCCGCGCCGACGGUGUGCCCCUGGACGCUUCGGACGACGACGAUGACGAGGCCGAGGCCGAGGACGCCUUCCGCCCCAAGCAGACCAAGCGCAAGACCCAGGCGCAGCGCAACAAGUCCCUGCGCGCCCGCGAGGCCAAGGAGGCCGCCAAGCACGAGGCCACGCGCAAAAAGAUGGAGAAGCACGUCGCGGCCGCCAAGGCGUUCAGCAAGUCUGCCGAGGCGCGCAACAAGGCGCACGCCGAGUCUGCUCGCCAGCGCAAGGCUGCGGCCGAGGCGCGCGAGCGUGCGGGCUUCACCGGCGGCGAAAAGGUCGGCCGUCACCGUGUGGGCAAGAAGGCUGUGGAGGUGCAGCUGGGCGAGGACCUGGCCGAGAGCCUGCGCCAGCUCAAGCCCGAGGGCAACUUGUUCAAGGACAGGUUCCUUUCGCUCCAGCGUCGUGCCCUCCUCGAGCCCCGCGCUCCCGUCUUGCCCAAGCGCCGCACGAUCAAGACGAAGGAGUACGAAAAGCACGCAUGGAAAAAAUUCAAGUAG